CCAGCACUAUUAUCAUUAUGUAUGUUUCUGUUACUACUGCCAAAAUCUCCAUAUGAAAAGCUAAGCUAGGCAGUCGUUCCUCUUUUUGUCUCCAUAAAAUCGUUCCUUCUCGCUCUCCCGCGCGCGCUCCCUCCGCCGGCCGAUCCGUUUCCCGCCUUGCCGUCUUCCCAAGCCAGAAGAAAUGAGUCUCGGCAGCAUAUCGUCGAAGCCGCUGAGCUUCUGUCUCCAUAACCGCUACGUUCUCGCGAAGAACCAGUCGCAGCAGCGAUUUCUGGCUCUCGAACAACGCCGUUUGCGCUGCUCCAACCUGUCUUGGACAACUCCUCGCUUCUCCAGCUCGCUCAGCUACAAUCCUCUCAGUUUCGGAAUCAAGAGCAAUGACGAAGCUAUUUUGAGGAACAAGACGGUGGAAGGGAGGAAGAAGACGAGCACAGUUUGCUCUGCGGUGGCGGUCAGUACUGCUCGCAACCUCCAGUGGAUCUCCACCAUUGCUUCCAUAGUGCUGAUGCUUUCCAAGGGUACGGCUGUCAACAAAUGCCUUCUCGUUCCCCUCCUUGCGUUACAGGCGCCUGCUGCUGUGGUCUCUUGGGUUAAGGGUGAAUAUGGUGUGUGGGCUGCAUUUAUGGCGCUUCUCGUACGCCUCUUCUUCUUUAUUCCCGGUGAAUUAGAGUUGCCAUUUAUGGCUUUGCUCUUGGUCAUAUUAGCUCCUUACCAGGUUCUGAACCUAAGAGGAACACAAGAAGGUGCUAUUAUUAGUUUGGCGAUUGCAGCUUACCUGGCUUUCGAGCAUUUUUCACGAGGAGGCAACAUGCAGAAAUCGUUUGAGCAAGGUUCAAUUGUGGCCACUGUAGCUACCAUCUGUAUUGCAGUUGCCUCGUGCUUACUCAUGCUCUGA